AUGCGGAGGGUUAGUUCCCUGUACGGAAGAAUCGGGAGAGCAUACGAAAAACCUAGCGAGAGCUGUCAUGCAUUUCUCGCCGCACCCUCCUUCUCCACGGACGGUGGUUACGGCGGCGGCGGGGAGUUUCAACAGAGUAGCUCCAGGGUCAAGAUCUUCGAUCGAGACCUCAAGCGCAUACAUCGUGACCGAGCGGCGUGGCUCUCUCGCCAUAAAAACGACACCUUUCUCGACGCUGUUGCGGAGAAUCUACUUGACCGCUUAGAGGAUUGUAAGAAGACUUUUCCUUGUGCCUUGUGUUUGGGAGGAUCUCUUGCUGCCGUUAAGCGAUUACUACGUGGCCGCGGUGGGAUUGAGAAGCUUAUCAUGAUGGAUACUUCAUAUGACAUGAUUAAAUCAUGUGGAGAUGCUCGAGAGGACUCACUCGGCAGCUCCGUCGAGACAUCUUAUUUGGUUGGUGAUGAAGAGUUCCUGCCAGUCAAAGAGAGCUCGGUUGAUUUGAUCAUAAGUUCGUUGGGGCUUCACUGGACAAACGAUCUUCCAGGAUCCAUGAUUCAGUGCAAAUUGGCGCUCAAGCCUGAUGGCCUGUUUCUGGCAGCAAUUCUUGGCGGCGAAACCUUAAAGGAGCUGAGAAUAGCAUGCACUUUGGCCCACAUGGAGCGUGAAGGAGGCAUCAGUCCCAGGCUCUCGCCUUUGGCACAGGUUAGAGACGCAGGGAAUCUCUUGACCAGGGCUGGUUUUAGUCUCCCUGGUGUGGACGUUGAUGAAUACGUAGUUAGAUACAAGAGUGCGCUGGAUCUUAUAGAGCAUCUUCGUGCAAUGGGUGAAACCAAUGCUCUUCUCCACAGAAACAAGAUAUUGAAUCGGGAAACAGCUCUUGCCACUGCAGCCAUAUAUGACUCCAUGUUCGCCGCAGAGGACGGCACUGUACCUGCUACUUUUCAGGUGAUUUACAUGACUGGAUGGAGAGAGCACUCGUCUCACCCGCAGGCCAAGCGGAGAGGUUCGGCCACCGUUUCUUUCACCGAUCUCCAGAACCAAUUUGGUGGUGCUCAGUCUUGA